AUAACAUCUGUUUAGCUAAAUAGUAGAUCCACUAUAUUUUUGGCAGCACCUGAUUUUCAAAAUGUUUACAAAAUACAAGACAUUAUUUGCAUCAAACAAGCAUAUUAUAAGAAAUUAUUCUGCAGUUCAUAAAUGGUAUUAUAGGAGACCACCAGUGCCACAUCCUCUUGAUCACUACUCAGCCAAAGCCUUGAACGGCUUCUUCUGGUGGUACAUAUUAUACAAUCUCUGGUAUUACCCGGAGGAUACUAUAGGUCAUUAUUAUUAUCCCGAUCCUGCUAAGUGGACUGAUGAAGAAUUGGGCAUCCCACCCGACGAUUAUCCAGGAACAGGAAGAAUCAGAAACAAAGGGGAUCCUCCCUUUGUUUUAUACAAAGAAAAUUGAUAAUCAAAAAAAAAUAUAUAAUUAUUAUAUUAUUAUAUUGACCGGAGUUUCAUAUUGUACGAUAUACUUGCAUUUUUUUAAAAAAAAAUAAAGAA